UCGGCUGCUGGGCCAAACACUGCAAAAUACCCGUACAGAACCACACGAGGAAGAAGAAAAAGAAGGUGACUACAGCAACUGGGAGCAAGCAGAAGCGAUGGGGAAGAAGCGGCAGUUGCUCUGCCUCGCCGCCGCCAUCGCCGCGGCGGCCAUCCUGCUUACCGCGUCGGCCAAGAAGUCCCGCGAUGUCACGGAGCUUCAGAUCGGCGUCAAGUACAAGCCAGAGUCAUGCGCUGUGCAAGCACACAAAGGCGACAAAAUCAAAGUGCAUUAUCGUGGGACACUCACUGAUGGAUCAGUCUUUGAUUCUAGCUAUGACAGAGGUGACCCAUUUGAAUUUACUCUUGGAAACGGCCAAGUGAUAAAAGGUUGGGACCAAGGAUUGCUAGGCAUGUGUGUCGGUGAAAAGCGGAAGCUAAAGAUACCUGCAAAAAUGGGUUACGGAGAGCGAGGCUCCCCACCUAAGAUUCCAGGUGGAGCAACUCUAGUCUUUGACACAGAGCUUAUUGCUGUCAAUGGAAAGACAUCUGGUGGUGAAAGCGAGCUUUAAUGAAGAGUUUCAGCUCGUUUGUGUAGCUGCUUCACAAACAGAAUCGCACUGCGGGUUCAUUAGAUAAAAGGAUUUUUGUUUCCUUCAUGUUAGUUAUGUUCUAAAUGUUGCAGAGACGAGUUGCAUUAAACGAAGUGAUCCAUGUAAACGACUUACUGCACUGCCCAUGUACUCUGCCAACAUUUUUCUCUGGAGUGGAUCAAAACUCGAUUUGUCUAGUCGCCAUGUCUCAAGUAUUACAACAUUCUUACAAUGUAGCUGUUAAGACAGAUCGAUACCUUGUAAAAAUUCACGUGUGAUGUGUGCGGAAACAACCUAUUGGCUCA